CAUUUCAGAGGGAUUACAUGCAGUGCGGAGACAUACUGGAUGUUUCAUCAUGGUCGUCUACAGAACAGAUCAAACGUUCAUCUGUCUUCUUAUCAUUGUAAUGGCAGGAGCCGAGGUGCAGGAAGCCAUAUCUUCUGAGUGUAAGCAGUUCCUGUAUAUGGGGACGCUGCCUCGGGGCCUCGAGGAGCGGCCCUUCAAAAAGAUUUGUCAGUUCUACGCGAGCAAACCCCGAUUCAUUACCGUCUACGACACCUUCAACCAUAUCCCUGUUUACUCUGCGUACACCUUCAAGCGCUCGGAUGGCUCCAAGAAGGUUGAUGUGCCUUGGAUGUACGAGCCGCAGCUCUCCACAGUGUCUGGCUCCAGGGAGAUGCAGCAGUUUCCUUCAGAGAACAUUCACAAGAACUUUGAGGAUGCUCAGGCCGUGCUUGACGACUACUCCGACUCCGUGAUCUUUGAACGUGGGCAGCUGAACCCUGACGAACACCAGGCGGACCCUUACGACAAGGCAGCCACCUACACUUUGACGAAUGUGGUUCCCCAGGUCCGAGAGUUCAACGUCGGCCCUUGGAAAGACCACGAGCACACCAUCCGCAGGAGGCUCAACAACUACUGCCGGGGCACCGCCUUCGUUGUCACCGGGGUCACCAACUCGGGGCACAUGAUCCGCCGACACAACAUCAACCGCCUGGGCAUCCCUACCUACCUGUGGUCGGCCUACUGUUGCAUCGACUUCGACCACAACGCCCCGUACUCCGAGCGCUCCAAGUUCCCUGCGUUUGCAGCUUACGGGCUCAACGACAGGGAGGAUAACAAGGUUCAAGAGAUGACGGUGCAGCAACUGGAGGACUACCUGAAGAGGGUAACUUAUGUCAGCAGCGCUUUCCAGAUCUUCUAUGACAACUGUGUGCCUCCUAAUAGCGCCGUACAUCCAUUACCUUGAAGAAUCUAAAAUGAGAUGACCUCUUAGAUCUAACAUAUUUACACCUCCAACAAUAAAUCUAUCAACCAAUGAUCAUAAACAAGAUGUUAAGACCUGUUAAGGGCUCACCAUAAUUCAAUAUUAAUAUGCAAUUUUCCCCGUUUAUUACCGUGUUUUAUUUAGCAUAUCAGGGUCUGCAAGUUAAACUUUUGGGCUUUUCUUACUUCUCUCCGCCAUCACCCAGAUUUUCCCUAUAACUGAACUAGUCUUACAUACUAUGUGCUUUGUAGAUUUUAAACAUGCAGAAUACUCAGUACAAGUGAGUGUAUUUCACACUAUUAUUAUACAAAGAACCCUUUAAAUGCUGAGUCCUCCUUUUAAUUUGCUUGUUUCUGUUCUGUUUUAAGUGGGGACUGGGGCGCACCUUUGGUCAGUUUGUGGCAAUAAUCCAAGUUAAACUAUCUUUUGAGCUUCAUCUGCUUGAAAAGACCAGAAACUGUGUCAAAAUGUCAGAAUUGAUUAACCUUAAUAUCAGCUGUACUAAUUACAAUGAAAUACGUCUAUUGAUUAAUUUGACAAAUUAUCCAUUAUUACUCAGUUUAUUCCAGUUAGCUUCUUGUUGGUGGGUGCUAAAGCUUUGCUUAUGCAUAAAUGCAUCAUGGCUACAUGGCUAUACUCUUCAUUCUCUUUAUCUCACAGUAUCUUACAUAGUAGCAGGUAACUGCAGCUGCCUCUGUAGGCCUUUUGUUCACCACAGACAGAUUAGACCAACAGGUUUGCAUUUUCACCUAGAGUCUCUUAAACGUAGCUCUGUUCUACACGGCACUCAUUCAAACCAGGCGUAUAGCAAAUGAAGAGUUGUACUUUUACGAGAAUAUGUUACCAAACUGAUCAGAAUCAACUAAAUGUAAUAACUUGUGUCUUUUAAUUUGACAGUCUGAGAAUAGCCAUUAUGUUCUGUGAGCGCAUUUUAUUUGUUCUUGGAUCUGAAACUGUGACAUUAAAUGUAAGCUAUAAAAGCUAAAUUAAGUUUUAAUAAAGUUGGGUGUAAGCUAAAAAAAAAAAAAAAAAAAAAAAAAAAAAA